CUCGGAGUGGUUAGGGGUUGAUUAGUGCACAUACUUUAUUCUUAAACGAUUUUCACUGUUUGUAAUUUGUUGGGCCGUUUCACAUUAAGUGAAUAAAAUGCCCCCAACGUCUAUUAUUUUUCAACUGUGUAAUACUGCUGUAGAAAUGACAUCCAAAAUUGGCUUUGACAACUGGUUCUUAACAAUAACCAAAUAAUGUCUUCUUAUUGUCAUAAUAUAAAACCCUAUUUUAUUAAAAUAUUGGAGUUUAUUGAGACUACUAAUUUAAUUGUUUAUUUGCUUAAUAUUUCUUGACUAAUGGGUAAUUUAGAUUUGAUCAAGUUUUAUAAAAGUUCAAGAUUUAAACCUGCUAAAUUAAAAGCCCUGUUUUGUAGAGUAGCUUUGACAAGUUCAAUUUUUAUCAGUAUUAUUGCAGUCCUGUUGUGUAUAGUUUUUAAUCUUACUUCAAUUUUUGUUGUUAAUAAAAAUCACAGUUCUCUCAGUGACUCUAGGCUUCAAUCUGCAUUUCUUAUGCAGUUUCCUAGUCAAGAUGUUGAACGUUAUUAUGAUGUCGAAGUUACAAGAAAGAAUCAUCAACACCCUUCAGAAUAUGAAUUAGAAGCCUUGCAAUCUUUGGACGCUGCUCUUGAGAUGCUUAAACUGGGUAAAAUAGAAAGAGCACAAAAACUGUUUGAACAUGCACUUGCAUUAUCACCAAAACAUCCUGAUGUAUUAAAUAACUACGGUGAAUUCAUGGAAUAUACCCAGAAGGAUAUAAUACAUGCUGAUCAUUUAUAUUUUAAGGCAGUAACACAUAGCCCAGGGCAUUCAAGAGCUAUACUUAAUCAUCGCAGACUUGCAGAAUUAGUCGAAGAGAUGGAUUUGACUACAUUACGAAGAAUUGAUAAGAAAAGGGAUUCAGUUGCUAGCAUACCCGAAGCAAACUCAGCCCUGCGUAAAGCCAAACUUGAAGCAUAUUUCCAGCAUAUUUACCAUACUGUUGGUAUUGAAGGUAAUACAAUGACUUUAUCCCAAACACGUUCUGUUGUUGAGACCAAGAUGGCUAUUGGUGGUAAAAGCAUUGUUGAACAUAAUGAAAUACUUGGCUUAGAUGCAGCUUUAAAGUAUAUUAAUACCACUCUUAUUAACAGGAUUGGUCAUAUUACUGUGGCUGAUAUACUCGAAAUUCACCGUAGAGUAUUAGGAUUUGUUGACCCGGUUGAAGCAGGUACACUGAGAAGAACUCAAGUUUUCGUUGGUGGUCAUAUUCCUCCACCUCCAUCAAAUAUACCACCUCUUAUGGAACAGUUUGAAAAAUGGUUAAAUUCAUGGGAAGCAAUGCGUUUGCACCCUGUAAAGUAUGCUGCCUUUGCUCAUUAUAAACUUGUUUACCUUCAUCCGUUUAAUGAUGGGAAUGGUCGAACAUCCAGAUUAUUAAUGGACACAAUUCUAAUGCAAGCUGGUUACCCUCCUGUUAUUAUUUUGAAACAAGAUAGACACAGGUAUUAUCAAAUGAUUGAACUUGCAAAUGAAGGUGAUAUUAGACCAUUUAUUAGAUACAUUGCUGAGUGUACUGAACGCACUCUUGAUUUAUUCAUUUGGAGCACUUCAGAAUUUUCAAGUGAAUUACCUGCUCUGGCUAAUGAAAUCAAAAAAAGUAAUCAUGAACUUCGUUUCAGUCAUGAUUCGUUAUUGUCUGACAAAGCAAUAAAACAGGAACUUUGAAAGUGAGACUAAUCUUACUUAUUAUGGUUAAUCAUUAUUAAUGCUUUUAUUCUCAGUUUUAUCAAUGUAUUGUAGCAUAGAGGAAUUUUCUAUUUUUUGUCUAUACUAUAAAUUAUACACACUAAACCCUUAUAGGUGAACAAAUCUUUUUAAAUGGUUUGGGAACUCUAUUUCAAAUAUUUAAAUUUUAUAUGACACAUUCAUUUGAUGUAUUUUAAAAAUAUAGUUAAUGUAAUAAUAUGUUAUAUGAAUCACAAAGGAGUUUAGAUAUCACCAGUUCAAUUAAUGGUGUCAUACAUAAUGAAGUGUUGUGAUUAAAAGAUAAAUAACCACAAUUUUUUUUUUUACUAUGUAUGAAGCCUUCGCUUAAGCAGGUUAACCUACUGGUUAUUGACCCAUUCUAGUCAGAGUAGAAAGAGGUUCAAAUUUAUUUCAUGGGUUCAUCACAAAAUCAAAGUACCUUCACUUGUUAAAAUCAAACUAGCAUAUGCUUUUGAUCUGUUGCAUUGAGUUUACCUGAGUGUUCAGUGUAUAUGGCAAAUAUUCAUACAUCAGCUAUUAUCAACCUUGACUUAAUUCUGCUUUUAAGUCAUUAGUUUAUCAUGGCUUUGAGUUAUUAGAAAGCUUGGUGGAUUAGGGUAUAAGAUGUCUUUUGAACUAAUUAUCUCUGGUUAACCUUCUUUAGUCUUAAUUUGGUGCUGCUAUGAUCAACGGCUAGUUGUGUUGUUUCUAACCUGGUUAACUACAAUGAGGUUUAAUUUGCCUUCUUGCCUGUUCAGCUCAUGGUUGAAUACUAUUUAAAAAAAUUAUUAUUAAUAUCUUUUGAACUAAUUCUCCCUGAUUAAUCUUCUCUAGUCUGAAUUUAAUUCUACUAUGACUAAUGGGUAGUUGUGAGAUGUACUGAGGUAAAAGUUUUGUUUCUACGCUUUCAAACCUGAAUAACUACAAUGGGGUUUAAUUUUCCUUCUUGCCUGCUAAGCCCAUGGUUGAAUAUCAUUUUGAAGAUUUAGCAUUAAUAUAUUUUAAAACAUAGGCUGCUACGUCUAGUCGUGCCUUAUCGUCACAUCUAUUUAAUUCCAUCCAGCUAACAGUACAUAUAGUAUAAUAUAUUAUCAAAUAAUUAGUCUCAUAUAUAAUUUAGCAUUGGAGCGAAAGACCUUUUGAAUAUCAAACUGUCUUUGCUAUCAGUAGUAUUCUACCCACCAUAAAACCAUUUAAGAUUCUUCUCAAUAUUAUAUUCCUUCUGUUAUAUUGGCUCAUAAUGCUUCUGGUAAAUAUUUAUACAUGCAUCUGAUGUUUAGAGAGCGUAAAAUGUUUAUUAGCUAAUAGGGGAUCAAAAGCUUAUUUUCUUUUAUAAAAAAUAAAAUGACACUGUGUCAUAGAGAAAAAACUGUGUUCAUUAAUGAAGAUAUAUUAUAAAAGAAUGUUUUCAUAAUUUUCACUCAAAAAAAUAAAUGAAUAAAACUUUAGGGGAUCUAGUAUGUAAAUUAUUGACUAAUGAAAACAAAUCAAACAUAUUUAUGUCAUAAAAUUAGUAUUAAAAAUUCAUUACAAUAAAAAAUAAAAUAAAAACAAACCAUGAAAAAUUGAAUGAAUUAUGUUUUUUGGAAUAUCAUUUUUGUUUAAUAGUUAAGGUAUUUUAUUACUUUUAUUUUUUUCUUAUGAUUUCCUGCUGAUAUAUUAAAUCUUUUUUUUGGAAAUUAUAUUUAUUUCUUAUCAUUAUUUUCAAAGUCAUAGUUUUAAUAAAACGAAAAUACAACUGCUACAAUUAUUGCUAAUCUUAUUUAAAUAUAGAUUAUAAAAAUGUCUUAAAUUCAAUUAUGAGAUGUGUUGUCUUUUUUAUGAGCUCUUAUUUUAAAUAUUUUUAUCUUAUAUUAUAUUUUGGCGGGAAUGGGGUAGAUCAGUGGUGGGGCACUGAUCUUCCAAUGCUUAAGGUCCUGGAAAAAUUAUUUAUUCUGUUUCAUCAGCGGUGGGGCGACGCUGGGAUUAGGAGACCCUUCUGGGGCACACCCAGCCUCUACAAAGUGGGUACCCUUAAUUAAUAAUUAGUUAAGGGGAAAACCUGACGGUUGAGCGUGAUCUGAGUCAAAUCACUUCCUUGCACAACCUUUAACUAGGAAACAGUACUUUCCCUAAAUAGUACGGAACCCAAGACCCUUGAUGGGUUGUAGUAGUACAUGUUUUUUUUUAUAUAUGUUUAAAUCAUUAGAAAUGUUCACUACUAAAAUGCCCCUUAAUUAGCCUAUAAAAAUAAUAGUGUAUUAAGUAAUUGCCUGAUCAAAUUUAUAUUCAGGUUUAUUGUAUCAUGUUCUGCUCUUUGUUAAUUGGUUCUUUACUGAUAUCUCUCUAUAAGUUUUUUAACAUUUCUUAAAGGAAUUGGGCAUUUGAGCAAAAUAACUGAUAAUUUGACUGUGUAAAAUUUUGACUGAAUUGAACUUAUAUUACUAGUACAUUACUUAUAUCACUAGUAUACUACUACUUAUAUUAAAUUUUGUAUCGUGUAUGGAACAGUUAUCCUAAUAUUUGUGCAAUAAUUAAAUAAUUUAUUUAAUAAUACUUGUUCACCAAAGACAAUUGUUUGUUAACGAGAUUAUUUUUGAUUGUUAAUGAUUUUAGUAUUAAAGUAGAAAAAGGCUAUUGAAUCUUAAUAUUUAAUAACAUGAAAUUGUUAUUUUUCCAAAAAUUUCCCUUAAG